UAGGUGCACCAAAGCCUUAAUCUCAUCAAUUUGAUCGUAAAUCAAACAAGGCUCGACUUACAGUUACCGAAAUUCAUGAAAAAUUGUUUGUCAUUUGAGUUGUGUAUAAACUUGAUGAAUAUCGACUAAAUUAUUGCUGAAAUACGUUCUCCUCUCACAACAUUGUUCUAUCCUUAAGAAGUCAUGAGCUACUUUGACUGUAUGCGCCAAAUCUACAUUCCAUUCAAGCUUGUGGGAUUAUUUCCCGUGUCGGGUCUGCUAAAGGCCAAUAAUGAGAAUCAAUCCAGAUUUACUUGGAAAUCAAUUAAUGCAAUUUCCAGUUUAUUUAUAAUUAUUCUUCACAUUUUGUAUCUUAGCAUACAUUCAUAUAAUUAUACGUUUCAAGAGGAUAUUUCAUUCCGGCAUACUAUUCGAUUAAUCGAUCAUAUGACGUCAACUCUAGCGAUAAUAAUUUUUAUAAAAAGCAGUUUUCGUUGGAAAACGUUUUUGGAAAAUAUAAAUAAAUGUGAAAGCCUAUUAAAAUCACUUAAAAAUUCUAAGAAGUUUGUUAAGCUUUCUAAGAGAAUCAUUUCUAUCUUUCUAAUAUCCCAUGUUGUCGACCAAGCGUUACACAUAGCAACAUUUGUGAACUUCAUUCAUAAUUGUUUUACGUUGAGUCUAAGUGAAGAAAUAAAAUUGUAUUUUAUAACAUAUUUUCGAAAACAUUUUGUACACAUACCUUUUAAUCCUGCAACUUCAAUGAUUUUUCAGUUUUUGAGGUUGCAACUGAACUUUGUGGUGAACGGCAUGGAUUUCUUCAUCACUGCGCAUACUUUGUACUUGGCAAUGUUUUUUCGGAACUUUAAUCGUAAUAUGCGUCGGGAUCCAGUGAGAUUUGCAGGUAAUAAAAUGUAUUGGGCAAACGUACGUAUGCAGUACACACGACUGUGUCACCUUGUAACAAACAUUGACAAUGUUAUUAAUCCAUUUGUAUUGAUAUCACUACUCGCAAAUCUUCUGAAAAAUUGUAAAUUAAUCUACGUCAUUCUCAUAAACCGUGAUUUCAGUGAUGGGAGAUCUUAUAGUACACAAUGUACUUACGAUUAUGGAGAAAGUACCCUGGACUACAUUCAACAAUAUUAUGCACUGUUUUACUCAAUAGCAAAGACGUGGAGCACUCUGGCAGCGAUGGCUUGGCUUCAUAAAUUAACACGGAUACCCCUAGAUGCUUUAUUUGAAAUUGGCCCAAAUGACUACAAUAUUGAGAUGCAGCGUUUCAUGGAUCAAGUCCACAAUUCAAUGAUUGGUUUGAGUGGACUUAAUUUUUUUGUUGUUACUCAAAGCACUAUUCUCACGUUUACGUCCACAAUUAUUACAUAUGAAAUUUUUGUUCUACAGUUAAUGUAUAUUUAUGAGUGAAAUUUAAAUAUCCAUUGAAGAUGUACUAAGAAUUAUUUAAUAAACAUAUCUCUGAGUCAAGCUAAAUGUUAUUAUGAAGUUGAUUGUUACCUCAGAGUUACUUUAUUUUCUUUAUAUACCCUGUAGUGAAUAGUUGAAUUAAGAAUGUCAAUGCUGGUCCAGAAUAUGUUUAAGUUUGCAUUACGAAAUAAAACAUUCUACGAAAUUUAUAGCAAAGAGUUUUCAUUGGUAUUUGAAGCGCGUCACUUCUAUAGUUCAUCAAUUUUUUUACUAGUCUGUGGUUGCGUCAGAAUUGGCGCCAAGCUAAAUGUUAUCAUGAAGUUGAUGGCUACCUCCGUGUUAAUUUAUUUU